AUCUCUACCAUGCCGGUCCGCUCACUCCCUCCCCCAACCAAAAGACGGAAGACUACUGUUGAAUCCGUUUCAAUAAAAUCUUUGGAAGCUCAACUGACCUCCGCCGUCACCGACAAUGGCACCCUUAACCCACUCGCGGAUCUGCUCAUGCUGGCUCAUGGCACGUCAGACGCGAGAGAAAUGUCUAAAGCAGUCUACAGUAUUUAUCGCGUAUUCGUCUUGAUAAUCUCUCGUGGAAUGCUAGUUCACGGGGGUGAUGAUGCUGCCAAACAAGUGCGCAAGUGGAUAUGGGAGAAGCUGGAUUCAUACGUAGAAUUGCUCGUCGGUUUACUGCAAGAUGAAGAACCAGCGCUGAGGAAAUCAUCGCUGGAAAUACUUUUUUCACUUUUGAAGCAUCUCUCAACCUCAUUGACCAAGUCUGCCCCGACCCCACAACCGCAAUUUCACCUUUCACACUUUAAACACAUAGUGCACGGGAUCCUACUGUGCCCACCGUCCCCUCGAUCAAAAGGAAGCAGUAAGCAUGAUUCCAAGACGAAGCUGGACGUCAGAGAGAACUUCGUGGAGGUAUGGUUCAGCGUCUACGAUGAUAUACGAUGGUGUUUUUUGCGAGAAGCAACAACUGUGCUCUCGAAGUAUUCAUCUACAGAGUAUCCUCAACUGCUCGACAACCUGCUCUCCAUUAUGGAAAAGUUGUCAACAUUUCCGACGGAUCAGUCGGAGCUCAGCGCAUGGUGGGUGGAAGAACUCGGCGCAAAACCUCCAAAACAUAAAACCGCCAAGGGAGAUACUGAAGAGGAGGAUGACCCAGAACCAGUGGACGAAAACGACGAGGAUGACUGGCGCAAAUUUUUUGAUGAGGAUUCCAACGUGAAAGAUACGAAAAAACCAAGUAUCAAGGCCCGGGCUCACACCCUGACAUUCCACCAGUCUCUUCACUCUCUUCAAGCUCAUCGAGCUGUGUUCACGCGAUCGUGGCUAAACUUUCUACCCCACCUGUCAUCAGUCUCCACAUCCUCCAACCGAGCCCUCACAACGAGAGCAUUAAAUAUAAUGCACCGUGGUGUCUUGCCACAUCUCACUAGGCCUGUACUUGUCAUGGAUUGGAUAAGCGCGUGCGUGGAUCUUGGAGAAACCGUUGGACUUCUGGCACUCAAUGCUUUGUUCACCUUAAUGCGAGAUUAUAAUCUAGAUUACCCUUCAUUCUUCACUCGAUUAUACGCAUUCCUCCAUCGUGAUGUUCUACACUUGAAGCACCGCGCCCGGUUUUUCCGCCUAACUGAGUUGUUUCUGAGUUCUACGCAUUUACCUGCAACUUUAUUGGCAUCGUUUGUCAAGAGGUUGUCCAGGUUAUCGCUCAACGCUCCUCCGGCGGCUAUUAUCAUGAUAAUACCUUUCACAUACAAUAUUCUCAAGCGGCAUCCGGCCCUGAUGGUAAUGAUACACAGAACUGAAGACAAUACUGGCACAGACACAGACCCGUUCAUUGCCGAAGAGCCAAAUCCCAACUCCACCAACGCACUUGAUUCUUCAUUAUGGGAGCUUCACUCUCAUAUCCAUCACUAUGACUCUGCAGUGUCAACCAUGGCUCGCAUUUUUGCAGAGGCUUUCACCAAGCCAGGUUAUUCAAUGGAGGAUUUCCUCGAUCACACGUACGGAACGUUGAUUGAAACCGAGGUUAGACGUAAAAUCAAAAAGGAACCUGCGUUGGCUAUGACGCUGAGGAAAGAUCUGUUUCCGAUGUCAGAUGUAGUGAAUGCAGACGACAGUGUAUCUGGCCGAGAUGUGGUUAGCGAAUUCUGGGUCUUUGGAUAGAUACCGCGGUACACUGUAGCAGAUAUUCUAGUUUGGAAACAAGAACAGGUAUUGGCAUCGACCCUGAUGCAUGACGCGUACCACCCAUAUACAUUGUCCUCAGGCUGAGUUCAUGAUGUGUAAAUAGGAUC